AUGAAGCUUAGCUGGGUGGAGGCUGCUGUUCUCACGGCUGCUUCUGUAGCCAGUGCUCAGGAUGACCUGGCUUCCUCGCCUCCGUACUACCCUUCUCCCUGGGCCACUGGACAGGGUGAGUGGGCUGAGGCUUACAACCGCGCUGUCCAGAUCGUGUCGCAGAUGACUCUGGAUGAAAAGGUUAACCUCACAAGUGGGACGGGAUGGUCGCUUGAGCGUUGCGUCGGUCAGACAGGGAGUGUCCCGAGACUCGGGCUCGGAUCGUUAUGUUUGCAAGACAGCCCGCUCGGUAUUCGGUUCUCCGACUACAACUCCGCCUUCCCCGCUGGCGUCAAUGUCGCGGCAACAUGGGAUAGAGAUCUCGCAUAUCUCCGUGGUCAGGCAAUGGGCCAGGAGUUCAGCGACAAAGGUGUUGAUGUGAUACUCGGUCCGGCUGCUGGUCCGCUAGGUAGACACCCCGAUGGCGGCCGUAACUGGGAAGGGUUCUCUCCCGAUCCAGUGCUCUCUGGUGUGCUCUUUGCCGAAUCCAUUAAGGGUAUUCAAGAUGCUGGCGUCAUUGCCACCGCCAAGCACUAUCUUGUCAACGAACAAGAGCAUUUCCGACAAGUGGCCGAGGCCAUUGGCUAUGGUUACAACAUCACUGACACCCUGAGUGAGAACGUCGACGACAAGACCCUGCAUGAAUUGUACCUUUGGCCAUUUGCCGAUGCCGUGCGCGCUGGCGUGGGUGCCGUCAUGUGCUCCUACCAACAGCUCAACAACAGCUACGCUUGCCAGAACAGCUACCUCUUGAACAAGAUCCUCAAGUCCGAGCUCGGUUACCAGGGCUUUGUCAUGAGUGACUGGGCUGCGACUCACAGCGGUGUUGGCGCUGCUCUUGCUGGAAUGGACAUGACCAUGCCGGGAGACGUCGCCUUCAACAGUGGCACUUCCUACUUUGGUGCUAACCUGACAAUUGGCGUUCUCAACGGUACCAUCCCUCAGUGGCGCGUCGAUGACAUGGCUGUUCGUAUUAUGGCUGCCUACUACAAGGUUGGCCGUGACCGUCUCCACACUCCUCCUAAUUUCAGCUCCUGGACUAGGGAUGAGUACGGGUUCGCCCACUUUGCCGUCUCCGAAGGAGAGUACGGUAGAGUCAAUGAGUUUGUUGAUGUUCAGCGCGACCAUGCUUCUAUCAUCCGUCGUGUGGCCUCGAACAGCGUUGUCCUGCUGAAGAAUGCAGGCUCGCUUCCUCUCAGCGGCAAGGAGCGCAACGUGGCUAUCUUGGGUGAGGAUGCUGGCUCAAACCCCUAUGGUGCAAACGGGUGCGACGACCGUGGAUGUGCUCAGGGAACGCUUGCAAUGGGCUGGGGUAGUGGAACGGCAAACUUUCCUUACCUGAUCACUCCUGAACAGGCGAUCCAGCAGGAAGUGAUUAAUGGACGUGGCAACGUAUUUGCGGUGACUGAUAACUGGGCCUUGGACAAGGUUGAGUCGACGGCUGCUCGAUCCACGGUGUCUCUGGUUUUCGUCAACUCUGGCGCCGGAGAAGGAUACAUUAGCGUGGAUGGCAACGAGGGUGAUCGCAACAACAUUACUUUGUGGAAGAACGGAGAGAACGUAAUCAAGGCCGCCGCAAGCAACUGCAACAACACUAUUGUUGUCAUUCACUCCGUCGGACCCGUUUUGGUUGACCAGUUCUAUGACCACCCCAACGUCACCGCCAUCCUCUGGGCCGGUCUGCCUGGCCAGGAAUCUGGCAAUUCUCUUACUGAUGUGCUCUACGGCCGUGUCAACCCGAGCGGAAAGACUCCAUUUACCUGGGGCAAGACCCGCGAGGCGUACGGCGCUCCUCUGCUCACCGAGGCCAACAACGGCAAUGGGGCUCCCCAAACCGACCACACUGAAGGGGUUUUCAUCGACUACCGCCACUUUGACAAGACCAACCAAACUCCGAUCUACGAGUUUGGAUACGGCCUGAGUUACACCACUUUUAAGUACUCGAACCUCUCCGUUGAGCGGCUGGACGCCCCUGACUAUGUCCCCGCCUCGGGCCAGACGCGGGCUGCCCCCACAUUCGGCAGCAUUGGCGAGGCCGCAUCUUACCUGUUCCCAAAGGGACUCAAGAGGAUCACCGAGUUUAUCUAUCCUUGGAUCAACUCGACGGAUCUGGCAGCUUCGUCUGGUGACGCUAACUACGGCUGGGACCACUCUGAGUAUAUUCCUGAGGGUGCCCGCGAUGGCACGCCGCAAGAAGUUCUCCCUGCUAGUGGAGGCCCUGGAGGAAACCCUGGCCUCUAUGACGGUUUGUUCCGCGUGUCGGCGACCGUCAAGAACACGGGCUCUGUAGCGGGUAGCGAAGUUCCCCAGCUGUACGUCUCGCUGGGCGGCCCCAACGAGCCGAGAGUGGUACUCCGUGGAUUCGACAAGCUCAACCUGCAAGCGGGAGAGAAGCAGGUGUUUGCAACCACUCUGACCCGCCGCGACUUGUCCAACUGGGAUGUGGCGGCGCAGGACUGGGUGAUCACACCGCACCCCAAGCGGGUGCUUGUUGGAAGCUCCUCUCGGAAGCUUUCCUUGAAGGCUACGUUGCCGAAGGUCGAGUAA